AUGGAUGAUGAGAAAUUAAGGAACAAAUUAAAACGGGUCAUACGAUCGGCAAGCCUUGAAAAUAUCAAGCAUAAGACGAUAUGUCGUAAGGAUGUGGCAUGGAUGUUCCAGCAAUGGGAUGGUAACAAUGAUGGAGAAUUGAGCAUGAAAGAAUUAGUUCCAUUAGAGGAAGAUUCAAAGGAGAAAUGUUUGAAAGCAUACAUUGAUCGUUGUGACACGGAACCGGGCAAUGAUAAUGUGAUAACAUUGGAUGAAUGGUGUGAUUGCUUUGCUUGGGCGGAUGAUAAACAUGAACCACCAUGUCAUGCAGCAAAACAUCAACAAGAUCCGCAUUUAUUGGGUAUUUCAGAUGCUUUCCAUCCACGUUGCACAUUAGAAGGAUAUUAUAAGGCAGAGCAGUGUCAUGAGAAUUUCUGUUGGUGUGUUGAUAAAUAUGGUCGGGAAUUUGAUAAAUCACGGGUAAUAGGUCGUCUUCCGGAUUGCGGACAAUAUGCAACCGAAAUGGAUGAAAAUGAAAAGGAAGAUCUUGUGGCAGAAUUAUGA